GUUCUCCGUGGUUUUUAUCGUGGUCGAAAGAUGUCGGCAGCAUCAGUCAAAUCAACAUGGAAGAACAAGGGAUACCUUCUUCAGAAAAUUUAACUUUUAAGAAGAGAAAUAUAAGGAAACAGGCUUCCAGAAAGCGUAAAGGAAGUGAGGAAGACAAUCAGAGCAGUGAGGAUGAAACUAUGGUGGUAAAGAAGGGGAAGAGACUUCUUAAAGAUAAUCCGUUGGUGCAAAAGACAAAUACAUCAAAGAAAACUACUGCAGCAGAGACUGAGAAUGGCAGUAGUGAUGAAGAUGACGAAGAUGAUGUGAUGGUCUCAUAUAAAUCGAAACGAACUACAGGUAGGGAAGGUCCAUCUGACAUGGGGGCAACUGCUUCAUUGCAGAUUGAGACAGAAGUUCAGAAAGAUGCACAGGCUAUAUUUGAGAAUGCACUGAGGAUAAAUAAGGAGCUGAAGGGCAAGGAAGAUGAUAAAAUAUAUCGAGGAUUGAACAACUAUGCCCAAUACUACGAGAAACGGGACACUGCCCAAGGAAAUGCAUCCAGUGGAAUGGUUCGGAAAGGUCCUAUUCGGGCUCCGGCCAAUCUUCGAGCUACGGUGCGGUGGGACUACCAACCUGACAUCUGUAAAGACUACAAGGAAACUGGUUUCUGCGGCUUUGGAGAUAGCUGCAAAUUCUUACAUGACCGUUCCGACUACAAGUUUGGAUGGCAGUUAGAACGGGAAAUGCAGGAAGGGACUUACGGUGAGGCAGACAAUGAUCCACAUCAGUACGAAGUUGAUUCUGACGGUGAUGAUCUCCCCUUCAAAUGCUUCAUCUGCCGGAAUUCGUUCAAGGACCCCGUUAUAACAAAGUGCCGGCACUAUUUCUGUGAGAAGUGCGCGUUAGGACAUUACAAGAAAUCGACUCGGUGUUACAUCUGCAAUGAACAGACGCACGGGGUGUUCAAUCCUGCCAAAGAUGUUAUCGCCAAGAUGAAGGGGGCUGAAGCCAGUGCUGCUAAAUCUGAUGACAAUGUCGAUCAGACAGCCCUCCCCGAUGACUCCGAAUCAGAUUAAAUAUAUGUAUUAAAACUGUGUGCUUCAUUACAAGAGCCCACUAAUAUUAAUUCUUAUGAAUGAGUUGAAUCCAUCCCAUACCUUCACAUCCUAUAUCUCUAAGAACCAUUUUAAUAUUAUCUUCAUAUCUACACAUUGCUUUCUCAAGUAAAGUUUCUUGACUGAUA